GCCACCGACCCAAGGAAGACACGUCGGAAAAUUUGAUCAGUUCGCAGAAGUCAAUCGAUACGCUCACCGGACACAACCCACUACAAUCCAAGCAUCAUCGACUACACUAGUCGAUCCUUGGACAAAAAAAUUAGACUAUACUCAUGUCAGCAGAAGAAGCGCUCCAGGAUGUUGCAGAAAAUGAGAUCGAGUCCAACUGGGACCAGGUCGUAGACAACUUCGACAACAUGGAACUCAAAGCUGAGCUUCUCCGUGGUGUCUAUGCUUAUGGUUUCGAGAGGCCUUCCGCUAUUCAGCAGCGUGCUAUCGUCCCUGUUGUAAAGGGCCACGAUGUCAUUGCCCAAGCACAAUCUGGAACUGGCAAGACCGCCACAUUCUCCAUCUCCAUCCUUCAGCAGCUGGAUAUGUCUAUCAAAGGGUGUCAAGCUCUUAUUUUGGCACCUACCCGCGAGCUGGCUCAACAGAUCCAGAAAGUCGUCAUCGCGCUCGGCGACUACAUGAACAUCGAGUGUCAUGCGUGUGUCGGAGGCACAAACGUUCGCGAGGACAUGGCCAAGCUUCAGGAGGGUGUACAAGUCGUUGUUGGCACUCCAGGACGCGUGUAUGACAUGAUCAACCGGAGAGCUCUCCGCACUGACACCAUCAAGAUUUUCUGUCUUGACGAAGCCGAUGAGAUGUUGUCCCGUGGUUUCAAGGACCAGAUCUACGAGCUGUUCCAGCUCCUACCGCAGGAGACUCAAGUAGUGCUCCUUUCCGCCACCAUGCCCGCGGACGUUUUGGAAGUGACGAAGAAGUUCAUGCGUGACCCUGUUCGAAUUCUUGUCAAGAGGGACGAAUUGACGCUUGAGGGUAUCAAGCAAUUUUACAUCGCUGUGGAGAAGGAAGAAUGGAAAUUGGACACUCUUUGCGACCUUUACGAGACUGUGACGAUCACGCAAGCCGUUAUCUUCUGCAACACAAGGCGGAAGGUAGACUGGUUGACGGAGAAGAUGCACUCGCGCGAGUUUACGGUAUCUGCUAUGCACGGAGACAUGGAGCAGAAGCAGCGUGAAGUUUUGAUGAAGGAGUUCCGGUCAGGUUCAUCUCGUGUUCUGAUCACGACAGAUCUGUUGGCCCGCGGCAUCGACGUGCAGCAGGUUUCUCUUGUCAUCAACUAUGACCUGCCGACAAACAGGGAGAACUACAUUCACCGCAUCGGUCGCGGCGGACGUUUCGGCCGUAAAGGUGUUGCCAUCAACUUCGUGACAACCGAAGAUGUCAGAAUGCUGAGAGAUAUUGAACAAUUCUACAACACUCAGAUUGACGAGAUGCCUCUGAAUGUCGCCGAUCUCAUUUAGAUUGUCAUCUGUUUUAUAGGCCAGACUGUUACUGUUACGAUGCCGCUCCGAAAUUGUUAUGUCCAUUCCAUGAUCGCGAAAUUUUCUUGACAGUAUGCCAUGUAAAAUGUUCUGGGUCUGCCAAGCUUAUCUUUCAUUUUUUUUCAACGUACUUCUCUUCGCCUGCAUGCAUUUGGUACUCAUUUCUACACGUUGCACUGCACUAUCGUUUGCGGCUUACUGAGAGACGACGAUAGCCGGAACCAAGACCAUUGGUUCGGAGCGGUACAGUGGUGUCAUGCAUAGCCUCGUCCGCGUGUUCAAGUCGUCCCUGAACCUGCCAGUGUGUAUAAAAUUCCAUUUGAUGAUCGAGGUAGCGCAAGGCUGUACC